GAGAGAGACAGAGAUAGGAACUUUCACUUUUGAGUAUAGCAGAUUUAAAGAGACAAAGAAGAUGUGCUGAAUGUGUAAAGAAUGCAAGAGGUUUGGGACAGAGAUAGACUGAGGGGAAGAGAGAGAGAGAGAGAGAGAGAGAGAGAGAGAGAGAGUGGGAAAAUGUGAGUCAAGAGGGAGGGAAGUACAGAGUAGAGGUGAUGUAAAAGCAGCUGAGCUCAAAGAGUAAACAGAGCUCCAGACUUCAGCAUGUGUUUAUCUGUCCCGCUGCAGGGCCGCAGCCAGCGGAACCGUCACAAUCUUCUCUCUCUGCCCGGCUUCACCCUACUCAUCAUCUUCCUCCUGUUGGCCCAGGGGAUGGCCUGGCCAUAUGAUUACAGGUUCCUGUACAGCUACUGUCCAGGGCCCGAGUGGAGUGUGAUGUGCAGGGGAUGCUGUGAAUAUGAUGUCAUCCGCUGUAAAUGUCCUCUUCAGGGGUAUCCCGUAGGGUACGCAGUGCCAUGCUGUCGUAAUGCGGUGAAUGAAUGUGAUCCCUGCAUCAUACAUCCAGGCUGCAGCAUAUUUGAGAACUGCAAGCGCUGUAACAACGGCACAUGGGCCCCAAGGGACGAUUUCUUUGUAAAAGGGCAGUACUGUGCAGAGUGUCGCCCCGGAUGGUCCGGUGGGGAUUGUUUAACAUGUGGAGGGAUGAUUCAUAAGAGGCAGGGUCACCUGGUGCUGGAGAGUUACCCAAACAAUGCCCGCUGCGAGUGGACGCUGAAAGUGGACCGGCCUUAUACCAUUGAUCUGAGGUUCAUGAUGCUCAGCUUGGAGUUCGAGCACAGCUGUCAGUAUGACUAUGUUGAAGUGAGGGAUGGAGACAGCUUGAACUCGCGUGUGAUUGGUCGUUAUUGUGGAAAUGAUCGACCUCCUCCAAUCAAAAGCACUGGCAGUUCCCUGCACAUCCUUUUCAUCUCAGAUGGUUACAAGAACUUUGAUGGUUUUUUUGCCACCUACCAGGAGAGCUCAGAAUGCUCUUCCUCUCCAUGUAUGCAUGAUGGCACCUGCAUCUUACACUCCUCUCAUUCCUUCCACUGCGCCUGUCUGGCUGGAUAUACUGGAACGAGAUGUGAACAUGUGCUUGAAUGCAGAAGGCCUUUGAUUCCAGCCCACGGGACUGCAGUGCAUCUGGAUGUAAGGGUUGGCGGACAUGUUCUGUUCCAGUGUGACCCUGGAUACACAUUAAAUGGUUUCCAGAUGGCCGCCUGUCUGCUGGAUGGGUCAUGGAGUACUCCAACUCCACAGUGUGUGCCUGACCACAACUGUGGCAUUCCUCCAAAGCCAGAGCAUGGUGAUCACUUCCUUGUUUAUGGACCAAAUGAUGUACUUAUUGCUAUACAGUAUUUUUGCUUUAAGCAAUACAAACUGAAUGGAGCCCCUCAGAGAACCUGCCUGGGCAACAACACUUGGAGUGGGACGGCACCAACCUGUGUCAAAGAGCUGGACAUCAUUUCUGGAGCAGAUAAUGAACAAAACAAAGGCAAACACAAACAUACUGGACAAGAUGAAGUGGGCCAUUCCAAGAACAAAACUUCAGAAAAAGAAGAAAAUGAGUCAAAACCAGACAAAGAUAGACUAAAGAAAACUCCCCCUGGAAAUGAUGAUGGGGGACUAGAUUUAGAGCUGGGAAAAGAUAUAGGCAAAGAUAUUGGGAGUAAUUUUGUACAAGAAAAGCCUAAAGUUGAAAAUAAGGAUACUGACAGCAACAUUAACACAAUUGAAAAGAAAGAAACUGGAGGGGAUAAGGAUAAUCUUAAACUCCUUGACAAAGAUGGACAUCUAAAUAUUAGAGAAAAAGAUGGCAGUCCAACAAAAGAUUUGGACAUGGAUUUCAUAGAUAUUGUGUUGAUAGACAAUAAUCAGACAGCAAAGGACAAAACCAAAGAUGGCGGCAUGGACAAAGGACAAAAAAUAACCGAUGGACCCCAAUACACCAUAAGCCUGACCAAGGAUGAGAAAGAAAACAUUCUUUAUGAAAUAGAUAUCAUACACAGAGGGAAUAACACUGAAUUUUUAAAUAGGAAUGACAUAGAAGAAAAUCUGGGGACACUGCCUCAAAAAGAAACAGAAGAACUCCCAACAGCUACUACUGGCAAUGACAGCACAGAAGUCAUACCAACAGUGAGCACAACUACCGAAAGAGUGACAACGAGGGUUAAACCUAUGGAAAAGGUCAAAGUGGAUACAGUAAAUGAAAAGACAGCAGAGCAAGUUUUGCAACAAGAAACGAAUAGAGAAUCUCAAUCAAACCUAAAGAAUGAAGAGGGUGAAGGGAGACUGUGUCCUCGACUGGCACCAUUGUAUCAUGGUUACUAUGAGUCAGUACCUGGCCUCAUUCCUGAAACAGUGGAGUUCUUCUGUAACCAGUCGUAUGCUCUGAGUGGCAGCUAUCGCAGGACGUGUCAGACUAAUGGCACCUGGUCUGGCACACAGCCCGUCUGCAUUAGAGCAUGCAGAGAGCCCAAAGUAUCUGUGCUGGUCAAACAGAGAGUUCUUCCUCCCCACAUCCCUUCCAGGAAAACACCUGUGCAUAAGUUUUAUUCUUCUUCUGGGGCAACCAAUUUCUUAAGGGAAGUGUGGCCCACCCAGACCCCUUUCAGCCUCCCCCCGCUCCCACAGGGGUUUCACCAUCUCUACACACACAUUGAGUACGAGUGUAUGUCCCCGUACUACCAGCACUCUGGAAGUGCACGCAGAACCUGUCUGAAGAUGGGGAAGUGGAGUGGACGUCAUGUCUCUUGUUCACCAGUGUGUGGGAAGCUGACGAACUUUGACCCUCAGAACCCAGCAGAAACCAAAUGGCCCUGGCUGGCUGCCAUCUACCGUUUGCCUGUUGCAAGCAAACUAGGGAAGUUAAGUGUGACGAGGACAAUGGGGAAAAACAUUGAACCGAUGGAAGAAGAGAGUGACAUGGAUGGUUGGCAGCUUGUUUGCAGCGGAGCCCUGGUGAACCAGCGCAGUGUGGUUGUAGCUGCCCACUGUGUCACAGAGCUGGGGAAAUUAUAUCCACUCGACACGGCCAAAAUCAGAGUAGUGCUUGGCAAACAGUAUCGCAGCGAUCUGAGAGUGACCAAGGGACUGCAGCGAUUACGGGUGUCCUCCAUCACUCUCCAUCCAAACUAUGAUCCACUGGUGCUGGACUCAGAUGUGGCCAUACUGAAGCUCUUGGACAAGGCUCGUAUUGGAGAACAUGUGAAGCCGAUCUGCCUUCCGAACGCUCGGGAUACAGUAGAAGACUCCAGGCCAGGGAUGGUGACAGGCUGGUCCCUCUUACCUGACCAAGAGGCUGGAAAUGUUGAGAAAGCACGCGUGGGCCGUGUGAUUCUGGGCGAUAUUGUUCACUGUGAGCAGCAAUACGCCAAUCAUGGUGUUCCUAUCAGUGUGUCUGAAAACAUGCUGUGCGGGCGACAGGGUGCGGGCGCUGGUCAGUCCAACAUCUGCCCUGCCGACACUGGAGGGAUUCUCAUCUUCCCAGUCUCCAGUCCCACACCUCCACAUGGACAGGGUUCACAAGAGUGGAAACUUUUAGGGUUGGUCAGUUUCGGACAUGAUUCUUCAAACUGCAACCCAGAGCUUUACACCGUGUACACUAAUGUUGCUAAUUUUGUCAACUUUAUAGAGGGAAAUAUGACAUAGGCUGACAUGCAAUAUUACAUCUCUGUCUCAUUUAUAUUAUGUCAUGCAGUUCCUUCUAUCCCUUAUAACACUGCAUUAUGGGCUAAUGUAUACACUGGACGAUGCAGUACACAGAUGUAUAGGACAUAGACUUAUACUUUAAACAGUAAGUCCAAACACAACAUGAACAUCUACCAGCACUUCCUACAGUAUGUGCUGGCCUCGACUUCUCAGGUGAUGUAAAAUGAGUCACAUCUAGUGAUAGUUGGUUUUGCCUAUAAAUCUUUAAAUUGUACAUAAAUUGUAAUAUUGUAUUUACCAUUGUAAGCAUUAUUGAAAGGUGUACAUAUUUACAUAUAAUAACAUAUAUUGUCAUUGGUCAGACCAUAACUCAUAGUAAUAUGGACUGCAGUGACAUUUACUCUGAAGAGGCAAGUGAAAAAUAAAAGGGAAAAUAAUUUACAGAACAAAAUUAAAACUAAUCAUAUAUUACAACAUAAUAUUUUUUUCUAAAAUGACAGUCCAUCAGCUACACCGGUGAAUACAAUUUUAGAGCUAAUUCUUAAAG